AUGCAUUAUAAAACCAUUGCAUUUGAUGUUCCAAAUGGUUCUGACAUUGGGUUUAAGGGCAUAAAUAGUCGUAUUGGUGCUAAAAAUUGUAGUAUUAAUAAUACUGGUAGGUUUUAUUUUAAACCACAAGAUAGUAAUACUCGUCUGUGGCAUUUUGUUUUAUAUGGACCACAACACAGUUUUAAUGAUAACACAGAAAAUAUUCAUAUUAAUGCUAAUUACGAUCCUUAUUCUAGUAAUGAUUGUGAACAGGAAAUUUACGGUGUUUUGUAUAUACGCGAUUGUACAAGUAAUGAUAAUACUACCAGCUUUGUGACUCGGAAUUAUCGUGGUAACGGUAUUAGUAAUAAUAAUAAUAAUAAUAAUAAUAAUAAUAAUAAUAAUAAUACGUAUUCUACUGUAAAUAAUAGUGAUGAUAUGGAAGAUUGCACCAUGAGUGGUAAUGUUUAUGAUAAAUAUGAUACUGACACUAAUACUGGCAACUCAACUGGUAAUAAUAUUUUGGGUGUUCAAUUUAUUGUUAAGUUAUUAACGCCCAAUAGAGUUCAUUCUAUAUAUAAAACAAUGAAUUUCACACCAUUCAUCAAUAUGCGUUUGUUACAAUACACUAAAUCAAUGAAAUAUAUUUUAGAUACAUUAUGGGACCAUAUUUUUUUGGUCAAUGGUAAUUAUAACGCUGAUACUAUAAACAUGUCCGUUUUGGAACAUAAUUUGAUGAAAUGUUGGAACAGGACCAUAGUUCGAGAAUUCAAAGAAUAUUUCCCAGAGUUAUACGGUCUAUAUUAUUAUACUAAAGAAGAUGAAUUCAAUUUACAACGUUGGAUAGAUCAACAGAGGUUAAGGGAACAGAAAUGGGGCACACACAGCCAUGGUAUGCAAAACCAGCAACGAAUUAUUACUAAUGGAAAUCGUGCCAGUGUAAUUAAUGGUAAUGCUAUAGUUUAUAGCAACAGUUUAAAUGAUUAUCUCAAUAUCGCUAAUGACACAAACAUAUGCCAUGUCCAUAAUAAUAGAAUUAAUUACAACGACAUGAGCGAUGACGAUUUAUUUACGAUUAGGAAGAAAAGGAAGCUAAAUCAUGGAAGUGCAUAUAACACCUAG